AAUUGAGUUUUGGAUUUGGUGGUGGGAAUUUCGACAGUUCUAGGUCAGUUAGUAUUAUGUAAAAUGGUGCAUUCUAACCAUAGUAUCUUACCUAUUGUUUCUGCAUGUGAUGAUGCUUCUACAGAGAAAAAAGCGAAAAAAGAUCAAUUCCUUUCUCUGCGUAAUAUCUUUCACAUUUGCUUCAUAUCAGUGAUUGUUUUGAAGCUUUAUGGAGAAUAUUUCACUAAUAUUGUUAUGGCUUCAUGGGGAUACAUUACGGUCCUCUUCAUGAAUUCAGAGAUACAGACAAGUAAUUUCAAUACUUCCCAGGUAGCGUUACUCGGGAUCCUAGGGGCAGUCUCGUAGCUCUCCGGGCAGUUUCAGGGACAUAAUUUUUUUCUUCGAAGUAGCCUGGAAAGCUUCGAGUCCUCCGAGGGUUCCCAGAGCCUAUGCUGACUGGGCUGGAGUUUUGCUUAUUUGAUACUGUUGUAGGUUUUUCUGAUCUCUCGUACAGGAAGAUUUGCAUUCCCUUAUCUGUCGUUUCACUCUCACAUUUAGGUUUAAUUCAAUACUCUUUAUGGAAUCAGGGUUUCUAUAAUGUUUUCUUUUUGCAGCCUUCUAGUUCAGUAUCAAGUCUACCACUGACUUUGUGGUAUAUAUUCAUCUCCGAUUGCUCUUUAAAAAUGUUGUCGAUAUUUAUUAAGACCAUAUCUUUGUUGUCCCUGUCUAAAACACUUGAUUGCUACUCUAUGGGUUCAUUACUCUGCUUUUUGGAAUACAUAUUCUUAUUCCUCAGACACAUACCACCUGGGAUUCUGUGGAUAUGUUUCCUGGUAGAACUAAAUUGGAAACUACAGGGCAUCCUAGCCGGGAGAAUAUUUGUAUGCUUAUUGUACUGUAUUUUGAAAGUUUGUAUUAUACUUUCAUUGUGUAAAGAGUUUAUGAAAUUUUCACGUUCGAUGAUAUGCACAAAACCAUAUACAGUUGAACUGCAGGCGCCAUCGAAUGAAGUUUGUAAUAUGUGCCUUGAAUCUUAUACUCAUAUCGGCAUUUUGUCUUGUAAUCAUAAAUUUUGUGCUAAAUGCACAACACGUUGGUUUAAUACAUUUACUAAAUGCCCAUCAUGUAAUCCAGAAUGUAGUGAAAAUUCAAGAUGGCGGAAUGGAUCAAUGGAUUUAUUUAUUCAAUUUUAUUAAAACUCAGUGUUAUCCUUCCAUUGUGUAUUAAUUUACUAAUUUUUCUUGUCAAUUAUUCUUGUUAAAUGAUUAAGAAUAACGUUCCAAAUACCUAUUUGUGUGUUUUUUUUCUAUGUACUUAUUUAUUUGGAGUCAAAAAAAUAAUUAAUUGUAAUUGGCUGUGAAAAAAGUUGUAUAUGUCUUGUUUAUUUUAUAAAAUAGUUGAUUAUUCAUGUUGUACCUACAUGAUAACUUGUAAAUUAACUUUUAUUCCUUGGAAGAAAACAAAUGAACCGAACAUUUUUUUCCCUUGUCCUGUUCGUUUAAUAAUUGCUGACAGUAUUAUCUAUUGCUAUUUCUCUAUGUUUGUUUACAAAUUUUCUUUUACAGUUGUUUUGUAAUUUUUAUCAAUAAAGAAUCAGACCUUAGUUUUAUGGUGCAGUCUUGACAAACGAAUAGUGGUUAAGGAAUCUUUAUGGAGUAAUAUAGUAGGUUAUUUUAGUGUAGAUGUUUAUGUUGUAAAGCCACGUUCUCAAGUCGCAGGCAGAGAUGAAUAAUGUGGAGAAAUGUUUAGUAACUUGUGCUAACAAUGAUAUAUUCAUAUGAUUACAGAAUCAAAUCAUGUACCUAAUUGGGGCACAAUACACCCACAAGGAAUAUGAUACUUAUAAUCUGCAUACAAAUUGAACAAAUCAGUUUAUACCCAUUUCUUUUGCAUGGUCACCAUGUUCCCGUUCAUAAUGUAAAGAAUUACUCUUUCAAUAGUCAGGAAGCUUUUGACUCUUACUCUGAUAAUGUUUGUAGGUCGUAAGGUAAAUUAAUUAUUCUUUAGUGCAGUUACAAAUAAACUCACUUGACCUCUGUCGCGUUGUCAUUGGGUCACUGAGAGUGUCCUUCUCUUCAAACUACUAAUCUAAUACCGUAGAAUUUAGAUUUGGUAAUGCACGUUUUUGCGGAUAUAUCUAUCAAGAACAGCUAGUGGAAAUGUCCUCCUACGCAUCACAUCACUUGAUGCAUGUUCGUUUACGUCACUGUAUAAAUGUGAUACAUGUCCAGUACGUUUUACAGUUUGAUGAGGCACGUUUAUUGACUGCUCGCUAGUGUUAAGUUCAAACUAGCUCCAUCUAUUGUUACAAGCCGAUAAAACUAUGGUUCAUGAUCUUUUCACGUCUACAUAUUUAUUUAAAAGCGACUAAAUAAAAUUAAUGAAUUUCAAGUUGGUAAAAUUAUGUGAUUUUAUACUCAGAUUGGAACAUUGUUGUGCUCUUGAAUACGUAGCUGCAACCUCGACGUGGUGGUCGGGCUUGGUUAUCGUGAUGACCCAACCGAGCUAUAUGGGCUGGAACAUAUGUUUCUGUAAGUUCUACCAUGCCAGGCAGGUCGAUUGAAGAACGAUAAAACUAUAAGCAUCAAUUCAAGGUCUGAGGGCGAAGUCGUACUGCCGACUGACAGCAGUAAGGUGAUUCCCUCGGACAGUCAGCAUCUGCAGUGAUGUUACCUUCUCACAAGGAAGCAGGAGUUUAGGAAAGGUCGGCCCUAAAAAUGUCACACCUUACCUCACGGAUGUCCGUCUCCGACGGUAAGGCCCUUUGAAGAAUGGAGCUAACAGGUCAAAAGUCCACCACAAAAAGGCUGUGAGUGACCGGCCUCAAGCAGUUGUCC